AUGACUGAUACAAUAGAUCUUACUGUACCUCAAACUGGUUCCAGCAAUGGAGCUAACUUCGAUCCAAAUCACCCUUACUUCUUGCAUUCAUCAGAUGCUCCAGGAAUGAGUCUCGUGAAUGCAGCCUUCGAUGGAAGGGGUUUUCAAGGUUGGAGAAGGUCAGUUCUGAUUGCACUCUCAACAAAGAACAAACUGGGAUUUAUUGAUGGAACCCGUGCUCCUCCUGUUAUCACAUCUAAGGACUAUCAACCAUGGACUAGAUGCAACGAUAUGGUGACUUCUUGGUUGUUGAAUUCACUCUCCAAAGACAUUGGAGAUAGUGUCAUCUACUCCAGAUCUACAAGAGAACUCUGGAUCAGUCUGGAACACAGAUUUGGAAAAUCAAAUGAAGCAAAAUUGUAUCACUUGCGUAAGGAAUUAUCUUCUUUAGUUCAAGGAACAAAUGAUAUAGCAAGCUAUUUUACAAAACUCAAACGUUUAUGGGAUGAGCUAGACUCUCUAAUUUGUGAUGUAAAGUGUGUUUGUACUUGUGUAUGUUCUGGGAAGCAAAAGCUGGAAAAAUCCUUAGAAGAUGAGAGACUUAUACAGUUUCUCAUGGGACUAAAUGAUGUUUAUGGUCAGGCUAGGGGGAACAUUUUAAUGUUGAAUCCUCUACCUAGCAUAGAUCAUGCUUAUUCUCUAGUAUUACAGGAUGAGAGUCGGAGAGAGGUCUAUAUGAAUCCUCUUAUUUCUUCUGAUUCCUCAUCCUUCAUGGUGGGAAGUCAGGGAAGUUAUGCACUAAGAAAAAACAAGAAAAUGCAAAAGAACACACGGCACACUCAAUAA